UGACAAUUCGCAAUGCAGAGAUGAAGUGUGUCUCCAUUACCCGAGAACGAGUUGUAUCAUCGCGAUAUGAUGUGUCACGAUGAUGAUGAUAUCCCGUGACUCGAUGCGGGCUCGCGUCCACGAGGGUUGCGACUUCCUGUUUUGGGUUCCUUCCUCGUUACCAAGGACCGAAGACAAUCCAAACUCCCAGCCAAUUCCGGUUUGGAUCUUUCAUGAGUUCAACACGACCCUCUUCAAUCGCUUUCAGUCUUCUGAUGAUGGAGUAAUAUCUCUCUGUAAUUUUUUCCAAGUCUAUCGUUCACUGCAUCCGAGCUGUCCAUAUCUGUGUUUCGGUACAUCUGAGUCGCGCACCUAGUCAAGCAGAGAGCGUUAUGAGUCCUGUGGUAGAGCUAAUCCGAUAACGGUUGCACGCCGAAACGAAGAUACGAUACGAUUUUUCCAGGAAAUGGAGCAUUCGGAAGAGCAAGGAGUCGAUCCGUUUACGAGCCAGACCCUGUGUGCCUCGAACUUCGGCUGGACCGCAAUCAAUGGCAACAGAUCUCCGCCUCCAUCGGGGCCUCCUCAAUCAUACGCUCCUGUCGACCCUGUAGACAUCAAUGUUCACGCCGUAAAGAAGCGCAAGGGCAAGCAGGAUGCAUACAAGUUUCAGCCAAAGCGUAGCAGAGCAGUAUCCGGAAAGGCGACCGCGAACAAUAGAGCCUCGGGCUAUAGUCCCACCGCUUUGCCACCCGAACUCAUGAACGGAUCUCCAUUACAACAAUUUGCAGCGCCAGCUCUCUCUGAGACGACGCUGAGUAGACUGCAAAACUUCCGUUACCCUGAUCCAGCCGAUCAUGCAACCCCACAGUCUGACUUCAAUGGAAAUGUUUCGACUCAGACGUCUACUAUUCAGUCUCAGCUGAUUCCCGCAAUACCAAUCGUCAAUAGAGCUGAAUAUCCGAAUGCCGAACAGAUCCACUCAAUCAACGAACAGGGCAGUCAGCAACCAAGUCAGCACCUCGAUAGACCAUCCGACUACUCCGAUGCCAUUGACGUCCAAGAUUGCCAUCCGUCCACAGACGAGUACGGUGACGUACUUCUUGACGAUGAUGACCUGGUACCGAUUGAUGUCUACGCGGAAUCCAUGAAGAAACAUACUCCCAGCACCACCAAGAGCGCGAAGCCUCUGAUGACACCAGUGGCUACCGAACAGGUACCCAGCUCGGAUGCAAACAGCAGACCAGGCCCAGAACCGUCCUCUACCAUUUCCAGGGACCCAUAUGACUUCAACUUCGACGAUCUAGACGACUUAUCCCCGCUUACCACUGACACGACCCCCGAAAAAUCCAAUCCUACGAACGGCGGAAUCCUAUCCCACGACCCUGAUCCUCACCAGCCUAUCCCUCAAGCAAUCCUCACCAGUGCUCCAAAUCUCCCCAUCCCACUCUUCGCCCGCCCCCGGUUCCCUCCGCCCGUCCGCGACCGCUCACCCAUCAUCGGCAUCACUAAUGCCACCCGGCUCCACGUGUGCUUCCGCAUCGGCGAGGCGCUCAAUACGGGGUGUGCGGCGGCGCGGAACGGCCAGGACGUGCUGAUCGAGCUGUACGCGCGGGUGGCAUGGUCGACUCGGGAUGAGAGCGCCGGGAAGCAGCACUUUGAACUAUACGAUGCGUGGCAUGAUCGGCCGCCGCACUUGCAAGGGGUACAUGAGCUGUGGAAUCAGAGUCGGGGGUGGGAGAAGGAGUGUGGGGAGUUUCUGGAGGAGCGGAGGACGACUGAGAGGGGGUUGAAGCUGUGCCGCUGCGUGGGCAAGAUUCGGAGGGAUCUUGUGAUGAAUCAGUGGGUACUGCAGAUGCUGAAUGUUAGGGUCGCUUUGUGGGAGGAGGUGGAGUAUAUGAGGGGAGUUGUGUGUAUUUGAUGCAGCGAGGAGUUACGAAGGAGAUCUAAUGUGGACGACAGACCAUGGUGCGCUGAACGAGGUGUGGAAUUGGGAGCAACAUGAUAUUUCCAUACCAUUCACGGAGGAGCACAUAUGGCGGAGUAUGACUUAUGGGACAGUAUAACUACCUUAUGAGUGAUACUGUAAUCAAUUCUAGCCAUGUCUAGCCUUCUAUUACAUGGUAGUGUGGCUAGGCAUGAAGAUUGAUGAACAUAAAGCUGAAGAGGCACAAAGGCAACAAGGCAGCACAAAGGAAACGCGAACGCCAAGGAUAUUUAGUAUGGUGGGGUAAUGAAGUGGGUACUAACCAAAGAGGGAAUAGCGUU